UCAUCAAACACAAAUCCGAACGUUACAAACCCAAAAAAAAAAAAAAAAAAAAGAUCAUCUCAACAAGCAAAAUGAUUACCGUUGCAAUCCCAAAUUCCCCAGUAUUCUCACCCGUUUCAUCAUCCAUUUUCUGCAAAUCUCCACACGAAUCCUGCCCCAUAACCCACAACAAUUCUCCAUCUUCCACUUUCUCAUUUCAUAUUCCAAAACCAAUACCACCGGCUUCUGCUUCCGGUUCUUCCAAGCGGAAGAGACCGGCUAAGUUGGCGAUUCCGGUGGCUUCUGUUUGCUUUUCCGGUGGGGUUGAGGUGGAGGACCGGUGGAAGGAGGUGGUGGUGGAGGGAGAUGGGUAUUCGGUUUAUUGUAAGAGAGGGAAGAGAGAUGUUAUGGAGGAUCGGUUUAAGGCUGUUGUUGAGUUUGACGGAGAACAUAAACAGGCAUUUUUUGGUGUUUUUGACGGACACGGUGGAUCAAAAGCAGCUGAAUUUGCAGCAGAGAAUCUUGAUAAGAACAUAUUAAAUGAGGUUGAAAAAAUGGGUGAAAUUGAAAUAAUUGAAGCAAUUAAACAAGGUUACAUGACCACAGACUCACAGUUUCUAAAUCAAAAUCAACGUGGUGGAUCUUGUUGCGUGACCGCUAUUAUCCGAGACAACAAUCUUGUGGUGUCGAAUGCAGGCGACUGUCGUGCGGUGGUGAGCAUUGGCGGAACCGCCACACCCCUCACCUCGGACCACCGCCCAUCGAGACAAGACGAGAAGCUCAGAAUCGAAUCACUCGGUGGGUAUGUCGAUAGUAGCCGUGGUGUUUCACGAGUUCUUGGGUCGCUAGCGGUUUCAAGAGGAAUUGGCGAUCAAAGUCUAAAGCAAUGGAUAACAGCCGAACCCGAAACCAAAAUUGUCAAAAUCGCGCCUGAAUUUGAGUUUUUGAUCAUGGCUUCCGACGGUUUAUGGGACAAAGUGAGCAAUCAAGAAGCAAUCGAUUUAGCGCGGCCCUUUUGUGUAGGCUGUGAUAAGUUAGAACCCGUGUCCGCUUGCAAAAAAUUGGUUGAACUCUCGGCUUCUCGAGGUUCCAUUGAUGAUGCUAGCGUGAUGAUAGUUCAGUUGGGCCGGUUUUGUUGAUGCUAUUUGUUAUUCGUUACGUUUGCAACAAAUAGCAUCAACAAAACCGUAUAGAUUAGUCGUUUAGGUUGUUAAUAGUUAUGAUAUUCUUUUUUCUUGUUUGAUACAUCUUACAUUAAAUAACAUAAUUCAUUGAUUCUUUUAUAUUA